AUGCCAGUUGACCACCUCACUAGAACUGCCGCAGCUGACGAGGAUGGCGCGGAUCAAAUUGGCUACGAAACCCCUCGAUCUGGUGUAGCUACCCCCCAACCUGACCUUCAAGACAAACGGUUACCUGGAAUCAUGAGUUAUUUCGGCCAGGUUCGUUCAGAUACUGCUCCUGUUCCCGAUAUGUCUUCCUCCGUUCCAUGUCCACAUACGGAUUCCCGCCCCUCGAACAAGACGCUGGAUGAGGAACCCCCUUCCGCUUCCUCCAGUGUUCUACAGCCACAGCUCCCUAUCGAUAGCUCUAUGCCUGAUAGCGGGUCUCAAAAUGACGAUCCGUCCUCUUCACAGCUUCACGCUGAAGAUAGUGGUCUUCAGCGAGAUGCUGCGCAAGAUAGGCAAUGGACUUCUCCCUUUUACCCAAGCUUUCCCAGUUCAUCCUCCUCUGACAUUUAUUCGAGAACCGACCCUGGGAUGAGCCGUUCUGAAGCCUCAGUAGAGCCAUCGACAACUCAUUCCCAGUCGUCCUCAAUCUGCGAACCGUCUAGCAGUCCACGUAUUUCUACUGCUUCUUCUCUACCUUCAUCUUCUUCUUCCCGUCCUCCCUCUCCUUCGUCUUCCACCAUAGCUGAGGUAUCUGAGACUGAGUCUCGGGUCGUGCCGAGGGUUGCUCCAAACUCAAAAUCGAGCAUAGCCCCACCUCAAGCUACUCUUCACAAUCAAACUUCCUCAUCCACUAACAAUACGCACCAUACCGCAAACCCCAAUGCUUCACAAGCUCCAUCAAAGUGGUUCUCCCUCGAUGGACUUAUGGAACUAACUCGUGGUGUCUUCAAGAGCGGUCCACCCACCCCUACAAGAGCGCUCUCCGCCGCUCAAUCGCAUUCGGACGGGAAAAUAAGCUCCAGUCGAUCCAGCAACGAUGGCGCAGAAACCAGCGGUACUCAGACCCCUCGCGGCCCCGGCGUUCCCAACGGUGCUCAAGCUCCAAUACCCAAGGGUAAAUUGACAAUCAAGAUCCCCGAGGGACGAGGCCUACGAAGAUGUCGCGACCCAUACGUUGUAGUUGUAUUUCAGAGAAGCGAGCUCAUCUCGGGCGGCCCACGUCCGAACGAAGAUGAGGAGAACUUGGUUAUCCCGCCACCGAGUAUGGGCGGCAUUGCGAUCCAGAGGCAAGGCAGUGACUCUGGGAGACCACCAAUGUCUAUCCCUAUGCGAAGCCGUCAGAGCAGCAACACGAGUAUCGCCGACCACAGUUCAAUUCGCAACCGUCUCACCGUUCGCACAGCAUUGACGGACCCGAAAUGGGACGCCGAGGCCGUUUUUGACGUGGUAGAGUCAGACAUGCUAGUCGACAUUUCCGUCUACGACCACACAGUUUCCGGCGGCGAAGAGUUCCUUGGUCAUGUUGACUUGGAGGUUCCCCGAGAAAACGAUAGAUCACUCGAAGGAUGGUUCCAGCUUGAGGGCCACGCCGAUACCAUGGCAGAAAAUGCCCCAACUGGAGAAAUUUAUGUGGAGGCUUCAUAUCAAAGAUCGGAAAAGAGGCAGUUUGGACCUAGCGACUUUGAGAUUCUCAAGCUCAUCGGUAAGGGUACGUUCGGACAAGUUUAUCAGGUUCGCAAGCGGGACACGAAGCGAAUCUAUGCCAUGAAGGUUCUCCAGAAGAAGGUCAUCGUGCAAAAGAAGGAAGUGGCGCACACAGUGGGGGAGCGCAACAUCCUUGUCAGAACGGCCAUGUCCGACUCACCAUUCAUCGUCAACCUCAAAUUCUCCUUCCAGACCCCCUCGGAACUUUACCUCGUCACCGACUACAUGUCUGGCGGUGAGCUAUUCUGGCACCUCCAGAAGGAAGGACGGUUCGACGAGAAGCGGGCCAAGUUCUACAUUGCAGAGUUGAUUUUGGCCAUCCAGCAUCUGCACAACAAUGACAUUGUCUACCGGGACCUGAAACCAGAGAACAUCCUCCUGGAUGCCAAUGGGCACAUUGCUCUGUGCGACUUUGGUCUCUCGAAGGCGAACCUCACGAAUAACGACACCACGAACACAUUUUGUGGAACAACUGAAUACCUGGCACCAGAAGUUCUAUUGGACGAAUCGGGUUACACCAAAAUGGUUGACUUUUGGUCCCUUGGAGUGUUGGUGUUUGAGAUGUGCUGCGGAUGGAGCCCAUUCUAUGCGGAGGACACGCAACAAAUGUACAAGAACAUCGCCUUUGGCAAGGUCCGAUUUCCCCGGGAUACCCUUUCGCAAGAGGGUCGAAACUUUGUGAAGGGGUUGCUUAACAGAAAUCCCAAGCACAGGCUAGGCGCUACGGGUGAUGCUGAAGAGCUCAAGCGUCACGCCUUCUUCGGUGAUAUUGACUGGGAUCUCCUCACCAAGAAGCUUAUCACUCCUCCCUUCAAGCCCAAGUUGAAGUCCGAAACUGACGUGUCGUACUUCGACCCGGAAUUCACCACCGCACUAGACCAGAACGGGUCUCUGAAUGAGCGUGCUGCCGCCCUUGCCAGAGGGUACGCUGCCAGCACCCCGCUCUCACCCUCGGUACAGGCCAAUUUCCAGGGGUUCACUUUUGUCGACGAGAGUGCGCUCGAUGAUCAUAUGAGGGAUCGCAUCCGCAACGACGACGAAGAUAUGGAUGACACUCGGGGAACCGACGAUGACUGGGACAAUAUCGAUGACCUUGAUCCACGGAGGGGAAACCGGAUGAGUGGCAUUAUAAGGACAAACACUCACGAUGACCAAAUGGUUGGAGGAAAUCAUUUCGACAUGUAA